CUCAAGUAUGCUAUACCGCAUGAACCUAAAGAUACCCUUCAAGGGGGUGCGCAUGCGUGUGGUCUUCCUUUCCAUCGUCGCCAUAUUUUGCAUAAGUGUCAUCUUCUUGAACGUCAAACAGUUUCGGCAGGAGGGCACUAGCCAGGACAUCGAAGAUGCAUAUCGGGCAACAUUGAUGCGAAUGGAUUAUCUGGACAUCUUGGAGGCAAGGGAGGAACAAGAUCUAGAUUCUAGAGAUAGCAAAACAGAUCAAAGUUACAAGGUGAAGAGUGAUAGAAAUGGUGAGAAGGAAGAGGACUUUGUCGAGGAAAAGGGUAACAGUGAUUUCGUUCCUUCUCUGGGUUUAUCACACAAAGGCGGGCAUGUCUCCGUUUUGGACGACAAAGGCAGUCGGGUGGUGGAACUUUUAGGCGGAAUAUCAUGGCAGGAAUAUUCUGCUACUGAAAAGAGUGAGAGUGAACUAUCGGUAGGAAACAUUGAAAAGGGGGGAAGAAAAGUAAUAAAGGGAGAAGAAGGGACGAUGGCAGGCAAUGACGAAAAGAUACAUCAUGCUGUGGACGUUUAUGACACAAGUCGGGCGGACACGGAUCGGAUUUUAGAACAGAUAAACUUUGGUCCUAAGCGCACGAAUACAUCUCAUGUGUACACGAUCAAAACCGGGGAAGGGAUGGGCGUGCCGGAAGGAAGACAGAAGUUCCUGGACGAUGGCUGUCAGUUCACUAACUGCAAGGUGGUCAGCUCUGGUAGUAAUGAGAACAGGACUGACGCCGUGCUGUUUCGUGCGCACGAUUUGCUCGCCAUGUCUGACUUGAUGAGGUUCCGGAGACCCGACGAUGUGUGGAUUUUUUACGAGCUGGAAAGUCCUCUAGUUACGUUCAUCCCCGAUAAAGCGGAUGGUUUGCUUAACUGGACGGCUACAUAUCGCAGAGAUUCCACCAUAGUGGCACCUUACGAGCGGUGGCUGCCAUUUCCCAACGCCUCACUUGUGUGGGAGACGGGUGAGGAUGGGCUUUGGAAAGAAAGGAGGACCGCAGUGUUGGAGACGAAAGGUACACCCUUGAAAAAUUAUGCAGAGGGCAAGACAAAACUAGCUGCUGUGAUCAUGUCUAACUGUGCCCCGAGGAAUGACCGACUUCAAUACAUCCACAAAUUACAAUUGACAUUUGUUAAAUUCCAGGAAUACGUCCAGGUAGAUAUGUUCGGGCGUUGUGGGACUAGCAAGUGUGACGGAGAUUGUUUCCAGAUGAUUCGUAGCCACUACAAGUUCUACCUGGCUUUUGAGAAUGCCAACUGUCACGACUACAUUUCAGAAAAAAUGUUCAUCAACGCGCUCAGCUAUGACGCAGUGCCAGUGGUGCUUGGGGCUCGCCCCUCUGACUACCGACGCUCCGCCCCUCCACUAUCUUACAUACAUGUGGACGAUUUCCCCUCCAUGAAAGCACUGGCUGACUAUCUUACGAUGCUUGACAGAAACGACACUCUGUACAACGAAUACUUCCGGUACAAAGGUACCGGCUCGUUCAUAGACACCAAGUUCUGGUGCCGCCUUUGUGCCAUGCUGAACGACCUGGAUAAACCCAGGCUGCAGAUCCCAAGUCUCAUGGAGUGGUGGUCCAAGGAACAGUGUCUGCCUCACGGCCGGGCCUGGGACACCAACUUCCCCUCUGACAUCACAUACUUCAACUGACGUAUUCGACCAUCACAGACUUCAACUGUCGUAUUCGGAAAUCACAGACUUCAACUGUUGUAGUCGGAAAUCACAGACUUCAACUGACGUAUUCGGAAAUCACAGACUUCAACUGACGUAUUCAGACAGCACAGACUUCAACUUCCCCUCUGACAUCACAGACUUCAACUAACGUAUUCGGACAUAUCGUUCACGUCCGUGGGUGGUUGGCGUGUCCUCUACUGCAGUCACUCUUUUCCACGAUAAGACACGAUAAGACACGAAAUGACACGAAAAGAAAUGCUCUAAAACACGAAAAGACAUUCUGUAUAUAUAUAUAGAGAGAUAAAGGUGUUCGCCUCUCAUUCAAUAGGUCCCGGGUUCGAAUCCGGAUAUAAGGGUGGGAAAUUAUUCUUUUCCAAAUUGUCUCCUGACACCCCCUUUCCUGCUCUCUACUAAUGUUUUGUCGUCUGUUUUCGCCUCCUCCUU